AUGUAAUAACAACAAGAAACAAUAUUAAUAUAUAGCACCAACACCCCAAUAAAGAGGAAGCACAAGAAGCAAUUUUGAGGCUUCUUGCUUCUCUCAAAUUGAAGUGCUUCUCUCUCUAGAGUUUGAGAGAGAGAGAGAGAGAUCUAGAGAGAGAGAUCUAGAGAGAGAGAGAGAUGAAGAGGAGUUGUGGGAGUAGGGGAUCUAACACUACUACUACCAAUAAUAGUAGUAUUAAUAAUUGUGAUAAGGUGGAGAGGAAAACUAUAGAGAAGAAUAGGAGAAUGCAUAUGAAGAACCUAAGCAUGAACCUCCUCUCUCUCAUCCCAAAAGAUCACUUCACCACAUCAAAGGAUGCAUUGACGCAGCUCGAUCACUUGGACGUAGCCGCGUCGUACAUAAAGAAGCUAAGAGGAAGAAUCGAGAAGCUGAAGCAGCGGAGAGAGUCGGGACCGAGCAUUGAAGGUGUUAGGGAAGAUGCGAGUGAGGGGACGAUGACGACGGCGACGACGGCAGCGGCGACGAUCGGUGUUAGGUUACCGGUGGUCGAAGUGCGGUACCAAGACAGGCAUUUGGAGGUGGUUUUGAUCAUCAGCAGCAACAGCAGCAGCAGCAGCAGCAGCAGCAGCAGCAACAGCCAGAAAAGGCGGUUUCGGUUCCACGAAGUGAUUAGCCUUCUCGAAGAAGAAGGCGCGGAGGUCGUCAACGCGAAUUUCUCCGUCGUCGGCGACAAAGUGUUUCACACAAUCCACUCCCAGGCCGUUUGUUCGCGAAUCGGAUUGGAGGCUUCGAGGGUUUCAGAGAGACUGAAGAAGUUGGUGUUUUGAAUGUUCGUCGACUGUAGUGCAGUUGUAAUCUAUUGAGGAGAAAUAGAAGGAGACUUAAAAGUUUUUUUUUUUUCAGUUUACUUUUUUUUUCUCUUUCUCUCUCUCUUUAAUAAGAGAAAUAAAUGCACAAGCGUAGAUCGAUCAAUCGACAUUGAUUCGAAAAAUUCGUAUGUAUGUCAACUAUUCCUUUUGGUGCAUGUAUUUUCAGGCCGUUUGUUCGCGAAUCGGAUUGGAGGCUUCGAGGGUUUCAGAAAGAUUGAAGAAGUUGGUGUUUUGAAUGUUCGUCGACUAUAGUGCAGUUGUAAUCUACUGAGGAGAAAUAGAAAGAAACUUAAAGUUUUUUUUCU